AACAGCAGAUAAACAUGGCUACAGCAUGAAGACAACACAAAAAUCACCAGAAGCUGAAUCCUCUCCUCCAGUCAAACAGCUGCUUGAUGAACCAGAGACUGUCACCACCAUAGACACUGGGUACGGAAACCUUUACCAUGUGACCUGUCGAAGUGAUGAAGAAAUCUGGACAAGUGGAGAUGAAAGCACCAUGAAACUCUACAGCAUCAAUCAGGGAUCACUACUCAAGUCAAUCAAAACCAAGUCAGGGAAUCAGCCAUUUGACAUAGCAGUGACAAAAAGUGGAGAUCUGGUUUAUACUGAUUACAAUAAUACUAGUAGAACUUUGAACAUUGUGAAGAAUGAGAAGAUAGAGGAGGUGAUCAGACUACAGAACUGGAAACCUCGCGGUGUCUGUAUUACCUCCUCUGGUGACCUUCUGGUUACCAUGUACAGUGAUGAUAAAAAACAAACAAAAGUUGUCCGUUACUCUGGCUCCACAGAGAAACAAAACAGUCAGUUUGAUGAUAAAGGUAAACCUCUCUAUUCAUCUUGCUAUUAUAACACAUUAUAUGUAACUGAGAACAGGAACCUGGAUAUCUGUGUGGUUGACAAUGAAGCUAAAGCAGUAGUGGUGGUCAAUCAGGCCGGGAAACUGAGAUUCAGGUACACUGGACAUACUCCUGCUCCAAAGAACAAACCAUUUGAUCCACUAGGAAUCACCACAGACAGUCAGAGUCACAUCCUUACAGUUGAUUAUUACAAUGAAUAUGUACACAUCAUAGACCAGGAUGGACAGUUCCUCUGUUACAUAGAGUGUGGACUGAGUGUUCCCUGGGGACUGUGUAUUGAUACAACUGACAAUCUGUUUGUUGCUCAGUGUAGAAACAGAAAAGUAAAGAAAAUAAAAUAUCUGAAGUGAAAUACAUCGCUGUGUAGCAUAUAAUUGCCAUAUACAUAAUCAUAAAUCAGCAAAUGCACACAGUAUUUCUGAUGUUUUAAGAU